CGAUCGAAGCAAAAUACAAUUGUGAGAGAGUAAAAAUGGAGCACGAUAAUGAGGACAAGAAGCAUAUUCCUAUAGACGAAGAAGACAUUGCGAUUCUCAAAACCCAUGCAUUAGGACCUAAUGAUGCUGCUAUAAGGGAACUGGAAAAAGAGAUAAAAGAAAGGGAAAAGAAGAUCAACGAUAUAUGCGGGGUGGAAGAAUCUGACAUGGGUUUGGCUCCACGAAGCCAGUGGGAUCUUAUCGGCGAUGAAGAAAUGCUGGAUGAAGAACAAAAUCUGCGGGUUUUUACAUGCACGGCGAUACUCAAUCCAAACUCUGAAGAUGCUAGAUAUGUCAUUCAGACUAAAAACUCGCGGAAAUACGUUGCUUCUCUGAGCAGCAGUCUCUCUCCAACCGACGUAGAAGAAGGCAUGCGUGUGGGAGUCUGUCCGAAGUUUAAAAUAAUGAUGCCACUGCCUCCAAGAUUUGAUUACACAACCAAAAUGUUUAUCGUGGAAGAUACACCAGAUGUGACAUACAAUGAUAUAGGUGGAUGCACAGAGCAGAUCCAACAGAUCCGAGAAGUUGUUGAGUGGCCAAUGCUUCACCCUGAGAAGUUUGUAAAGCUCGGGCUGGAUCCUCCAAGGGGUGUGCUUUGUUAUGGUCCUCCUGGAACCGGUAAAACUCUCUUGGCUAAAGCUGUGGCUAACAGGACUGCAGCAUGUUUCAUUCGGGUUAUAGGGACUGAGCUUGUUCACAAGUGUAGUGGUAUGGGAGCUUCCAUGGUUCGCCAAAUUUUUCAGAUGGCACGUUCGAAAAAAGCUUGUAUUAUCUUCUUUGAUGAAGUUGAUGCCAUUGGAGGUGCAAGGGUUGGUGUUGGUCCCUACGAAGACAGCGGGAUCCACAGAACUAUGCUGGAGAUUGUGAACCAACUAGAUGGCUUUGAUCAGCGAGGGAAUAUCAAAGUACUUAUGGCUACAAACAGGCCUGACUCACUAGAUCCAGCUUUGCUGCGUCCUGGACGGUUAGACCGAGCUGAUAUCAGAAGCGUAUGCACAGAGGCUGGCAUGUUUGCUAUUCGAGCAAGAAGAAAGACAGUGACUGAGCAAGAUUUUCUAGAUGCAGUAACCAAAGUGGUGAAGAGUUAUCACAAGUUCAGUGCAACACCUACAUAUAUGGUUUACAAUUGAUCUCAGCAGAGCAGAUCAGGUGAAAUUUCUGCUGUCACCGGAAAACAAGACUACAUUACAUAUGAAUGCUCUAAAUAUUGUUUUCUCUUCACUGAGGAAUACAAGAUUGUUCGAUCC